UUGGCUGCAGAAACUGGCUGCAGAAACGAGCUGACGUCUCAGAAGAGUUUGCCGUCCAUUUUUACUUUCAAGGUUUCAGAUUCGAUCUGCAGUUUUCCGCCUUAUAGAACAUGAGGAGAGGCUUUGAUUCGGGAUUCAGAAAUGAUGGAAACUUCUCAUCUGGAUUGUUUUAAAGCUUUCUUAGUUCUGGAUAAACUAUUUUAAACAACGACCAAAUCCUAAUCUGUUUCAGAUGUAGCUCCUCAUUCCAGACAACAUUACAAAUACGUGUUUGCUUUCUAGAUGAGAAUUUAUGAGCUGCUGACCGCCGAUUCAAUUGAUCACCGAGGUGGUUUGUCAGCAAUGUCAGGAAGGAUGCAUCAUUUGUGUACCUCUCGCCACCUGAUGUUGUCGGCCUCUUUGUUGAGCCUCAUGUGCCUGAGUUCGGUCACCGCCUGGCCUGGAAUUCCUGGGAACAAGCCAAAGGACCAUUUGGACCCAAAUGUGAGAGACUGGGGGGACUACUCAGACCUCCCGGCUGAAAUCGAACAUGGACUGGGACUGGUAGAGGACAGGGAAGACAACAGGGGAGCUGGAGAAUCAUCGUCAAACUUGGCUCCAGAGCUAGAUUUUUUGGCUGACUUUGCAGGUAAGAAACGGCUGUGGGUAAUAACAGCGUCAUCACACAAUGACCAUUACCUUCAUAUGAUGGAGAAACAACUAGAGGAGAUGGAUCAGAGAGGCCUGAACUGUCGUCUAGCAGAGAGAGACACCUUCAUCAUCACUAUCAUCCAGAAUGCCAUGAUGGAAGGUCGCAUCCAGAAAACUACUUUCCAAGGGGAUGCCAUGGUGGAGAGCUUGGAUCCCGACACAGUCGCCAAACUGCUGCACUACCUGGAACUAACCAGCCAAGAACAAGCUUUCAACAUGCUGGUUAUGAAGAAGAACCUGCAGGUCAGCGAGCGUUUCCCUUAUCCAGUCCGGGUGGACGCCAUUUUUGAGCUCAUUGAUCAGUUCCCCAUGAGGAAGCUGGAGAAGAUAACUAGAAAAGGAUCUACCUUAAGAUGUAAAACUGCCAAGAAGAAGGUUGUGGUGAAACGCAAAAAGGUGAUGAAGAAGAUGAUGCCGAAUUCUCAGAUGGAGGGAAAUGUAACCUCAGUGCCGGUUUUGCAAAAGAAACCUUUGGACAAAAAAGCUGUUCUGAAGAGUAAAAUCCAGGACAUCCUGAGUGGGCGGUCGAGGUUUGUGAUCCGUAAAGGGGCGGCUGGAUCUGCAAAGGACAAAGAGUCACGCAGCAAUGGCUGGGAACCAUCUAAAGAAUCCAGUCUGUUAACUGUUCCAAAGACUAACGAGAAAGUGAAGAAGGAUAGGCCUCCCUCUGAAGAUGGACAGAAAACAGAGAGAGAUCAAGACAUCCAAGAUAAAGAGGAGCCAAAUAAAAAGUCUGAUUCAGAGAGCAAACAGAGCUCCAAGAAAAAGGGUAAAGGAAAGAAAGGAAAGAAAGGAAAAGGAAGGGGGAAAAAGUCAAACCAAGAAGUAAGUGAGGAAGAUAAAGCAGCGCUGGGGAGGUUUUUGGACACUCUGAGAGGCUCCAGGAGGUUGAUGCUAAUCUCAACACCCAGCAGAGAUGCUACGCUGUUCAUCCAGCAGACUGAGGAGAACAAGAGACAUCAGUGUGAGCUCGCUGUCAGAAAGAUAACGGUGGUGACCAGUGUGGGUGAGGGAAGUGACGCCACGCUCACUCUGCGGCACCAGCAGCUUGGGUCUCCCCUCAGCGACCAAUCAGAACAGGUUUUGGACUCUCGUCUAAUUCCCCUGUUAAGAUCUGAGCUUGGCCUGUCGACCUCUGACCUCUUCUCAAUGACCGUGACUGAUCAUGACAUUCAGCCCAAAAGAGUCUUUGAAGCUCCCCCGUCAAGCUCAACUUUAUUUGAGUACAUUGAUAACUUUUCUUCAAGAUAUGCAGAAAAAGAAAAGGAGAGGAAAAGUCUUCCAGUUUGCUCUAAAGACACCCAGGAUCCUAGAGCGGAAAACUCCUUGCUCAGGUUUAUGUCUAAGCGGAGACUGUUGCUGAUCUCUGCUCCCUCUGAUGAUGACUACUCCUUCCAGCAGCAAAUCUCUGCUCUCAGUGGUCAGGAGUGCAGCCUGGGUAUUCGCCACUUUGCCAUGUUAAAAUUGACUGGAAAUGGAGAAAAAGCAUCAGGGACUGUCGAGUUACUCCCAAUAAAUGGUCGUAGUCAGAGUGAGGUAGAGCCAUUAUCACGCGACAUGGUGAACAACCUGAGAGAACAGCUCAAAAUCAGUAAGGACUACUUCAGUUUGGUGGUUGUGGGAAAAGACGGUGAUGUCAAGGCAUGGUUCCCAUCCCCCCUGUGGUCCCUGGAUAACAUCUAUGACCUGGUGGACUCUAUGGAGCUUCGCGUCCAGGAGGCAAAGCUCCAGAAGAGACUAGGGAUCAGCUGCCCUGAGACCGGAGGAGGAAGAGGUGGAGGCAGCGAAGAAGGGCGCUAUCCUGGAUAUGACGAAGAAGAGGCAGAAAAGAUGUACAUGUAGUGGAAAGAAAUAAGUAAACCAUACAGGAACAACUGAAAUAAACACGUGUGACUCAGAGGAAAGAGUUUAUUAAAACAACAUAAGUAGAGUUGAUGCCACAACUAGAAGGAUGGAUAUUCUCUAAAUUAGCAAGAAAUAGAAAAAUCAGCUCUAAAUAGUGAAACACUUCCCCACAUAUGUACAUGAAAAAAAUUUAUAAUUGUCAAAUAAACAAAUGAUCCUGCCUUUAACUGUUUUUAAUUUAGAAGAGAAAAUUUCACAUGAAUUCUCCCCAAAACAAACAAAAAUAAACCUUCAUAAUUCUUCAGAGUUGCUGAAAUGUUUAGAGCGGCAGGCCAGACAUAGUUAGAGUUAGACACUUGUUGGAAAUUUUAAAGUAUGGUUCACUUGUUAAAUCAUUACAUUAGCAGUGGUCUCAAGGAAUGAAUGUCUUGUAAGUCGUACUCUGAGGUAAAAAAGGCCAGAUGGACUUGUUUCGGGACCUAGCAGAAUGCCACAUCAGAGGAGAGCAGAACACAGCAAGACUUGGAGUCUUUCCCAAUAUUUGGACAUCUUGACUCUGAUUGGCUAACAGCAACAUGACUCUACCACUGACUCAGUUUUUUUUUUUGCAACGUUGAUGUUUUAUCUCCACAAAUAACACAAGCCUUGAGAAGUUCUGCUGUGUGGUAGAAUUGCUUUUGCUAAUGGUUAGCUUCUACUAGCCGAAAUUUUGUGUCUGCUGUUGCCUGGAUGCUAAACCAACAACAGCCUUCCCCAUCUUGAGUCAAGAUGGGUGAGUCCAUGAAUGUUAACUGACAAUGUGACAAAGAUCUGUCAGGAUUUUUUGAACCAAGUGUUUUUCUGUCUAUUUUCUAUCAGAAGCUAAUGCAGCAGAUAGGUGUAGGAUACUGUUAUGUUCAGCCUGCAUAAAAAACUCAGAAUGGCUGAUUAUAAUCAGAAAUAAUAUUUAAAAAUGUUUUUUUCAGUGACCCAUACCGUUAAAAUAGUGAAACACAUCCUCACAUAUGUUAAUGAAAAUAUCUUAUCUUUAAUUGUCAAAUAAAGAAAUUAUCUUCUC